AUGGCCAAACGCUUCAAACUGAAAUUCAAUGUCCCUUCCUUUCAAAUAUGUCGCUCAAAAAACCUUUCCUCUUUCCCAGGAAAUCCAGUUCCUGCCAUUUACCGUCUUUCUCCCGUGAACCCCAAAGCUCACGACAUAGGGUAUUCAAACGCGCCUUCUCCACCGCCACCGUCAAAGAUCACGUCCCUAGCACGUGGCUGUCAAAUGUGCCGCGACAAUAACGAGAAGAAAGUUAAAUCCCGAGGCCGCAAAAGCACGUCGAGCGUUCCGUUGAGGAGAAGCGAUUUUCUAAUCGACAAAGUCAACGAAGAAGAGAGCGAAACUCUGAUUUCUUGCUCGACAAGUUUCUCCAACGAGUUUUGUCAUGGUGAGGAGAAAGAUUUGAGUGGCAGGCACGGAAGGAAGAUGAGCAGCGUGAAUAGGGUUCAGAGAGUGAGGUUUCAGAGUUCGGAGAAUCGCAGAGGGGCGGAAACGACGCAGGUGAAGAAGAAGACUGUGACAUCGUCAAGGGCGUCCGUGACACGGAGCAGUGUGGAGGGGGAGGUUAAGGAGAGCUUUGCCGUGAUGAAAAAGUCCAAGGAUCCUUACGAAGACUUCAAGAAAUCGAUGAUGGAGAUGAUAACGGAGAUGGAGAUGACUGAAGCGAAGGACUUGGAGCAACUCUUGCAGUGUUUUCUGGCUUUGAAUUCACGGAGUUAUCACGCAGUGAUUGUGCGAGCGUUCAUGGAGAUUUGGCAACAAAUGUUCACUUGGAAACCUACGUCCAUCAACGAUCUUCAAACAGACAUUAAAUCUCAUAUGCAACAGUGA